AUGAUAAUCAAAUACCCGUAUUUCCCUUGGGGAUUGCUUGCAUGCUCUAUCUUUAUCACUUAUGGCAAUGCUCAGUAUUAUCCCAUAACUGGGGUGACAACUGGUAUCAACUCGAAUACAAAGGCUCGACCUUUCAGACAAAAUAUCGACGAUUUGCAGAAUAACAUUCAACAAUGGUCGCUAUAUAUUCAAGCUCUUCUUGCCAUGCAAGCUGCAAACGAAUAUACUGAUGGACUCUCCUACUUUCAACUGGCAGGUAUUCACGGUCGACCGUAUGUUGCUUGGGAUGGUGUAAAUCAAGCUAUCGCGGCUCCAACCACUGGGUAUUGUACACAUGAUUCGGUAUUGUUCACUACAUGGCAUCGUCCUUACCUGGCACUCUUUGAGCAAGUUCUCGCCAGCUAUGCCCAAACGAUAGCAAAAAGCUAUAUAUCUACGCUUUAUCCCGCCUACCAAGCUGCCGCUGAUAACCUCCGUAUCCCUUUUUGGGACUGGGGUGCUAGCCCUAGCAUGCCUAGUAUCACCAACGUCGCCACUAUCUCUAUCGUUCUCCCCUCUGGGGCUACUGCCUAUGUGAACAAUCCACUCUUCCGUUAUAACUUUCGGAAUAAACCGCUCAAUCAGCAACAAUUUCCUCCUGGGGACAGUGACGGUUAUAUGGCACAGUACAAUUGGACGGUGAGAAAUCCAGAUAACCUAGGUAAUGGACAAAGUGAUUUCAAUGCUGCAAACACGAACUUGCAAAAUGCAGGGUUGGGAGAUCAAGUGUGGACAGCAAUCAUGAAAUCAAGUAAUUUCAAUAGCUUUGCUACGAUGGCAGUCUCGGGGGCGAGUAUAGAGUCACCGCACGGCGCGGUACAUGUUCUUGUGGGAGGUGCUUAUGGACAUAUGUCCUUUCUGAGCUAUUCUGGAUUUGAUCCUAUAUUCUGGCUCCACCACGCAAACGUCGACCGAGUUCUCUCCAUGUAUCAAGCCAUUAAUCCUUCUACAUUCAUUACCGGCUUAAUCGACUGGUAUGGCACGUACACUAUCACCUCUGGGACCAUUGAUACUGCCUCUUCUCCUCUGAAGCCCUUUGCUAUCACCAGUUCCACCUUUUUCACAUCAAAUACUUGCAGAUCGAUGUCGCAACUUGGGUAUAGUUAUCCAGAAAUUAUGGAUUGGAAUAUGACAGCCGAGAAAAUGACUAGUUAUGUAACAGGAAGAGUAAAUGAAUUAUACAAUUCAGAUGGAAGCAAUUCCAAGAUUAAGAAGCGGAAUUUUGAUAGUCGAGAACUUUUCUCAGAAAAACAACACGAAGGACCAAGCACGAACAAAACACUACGAGAAUGGACCGCAGCACUCAGUGUCUCUAAAUUGGAUCUUCAAGGCCAGCGGUUUAUUAUUCGACUUUUUCUAGGCAAGAUACCAGAGAGUCCAGAGGAGUGGGGGAGAAGUGAAAGUUUGGUAGGAAGUCUAGUGAUUUUGCCUCCGCCGGGUGCUGUUUCUAAUGAUGCGACGAAAGCAUUGGCCUAUGAUGAGAUUGUUAUUUUGAGGGAGCCUGCUAUUGGAGGUAGUUACAAAGGGCAAGAUGUCGAUGGGAAUGGCGAAGGGACUGAAGAAUUCUUGAAAAAGAACUUGAGGUGGAGAGCACAGCUGCUUGACAAUACACCAUUACAUGCAACUUCAUUACCUACUCUCAAAAUUAUUGUGGGCGAUGAGGUUGUGGCUAUGCCGCACGAUAUCACUAAAAAGCCUGUUUACGGAACGAAAACGCUACAUCCUGAUAUUGUUGUAGGUGGGAAUUAA